AUGCGUUACGAUAAUUGGGACGUCCUGCUGUUCCCCAGCAGUGGAUCGGUGCCGCUGAAGGAGUUCAAGACAGACUGCUCCGUCAUUCCGGACCUUGCAUCAUCUCCGGGGUCUUUUGGCUUACCGGUUGUUCAUGGCUUCGUCCCCAGUCUUCCCCGCAACAUGCCGCUCACGAUUUCCAUCUUUUCUUGGACAAUCCCUUCCAUCAGCAACCCGAAUCAAAACGCCAACCUUGUAGUCUUUGCGGCGAGGGUUUACAUCGAUGGAGAACUCGUCGCCGAGGACGUAUUCGACCAAGGUCGGCGGACGCCUCUUCCCAUCUCUCAAAGUCUCAAACCAAACAAACACGGUGACCGCGAUCUGAUCAGGUUCCCUGCAUUCAACGAGAAAUAUUUACGAGAAUACUCCUGGAAUCCUGCCGCAUCCCUUGGCCGCAUCCAAGUUAUCGUCACGGAAGCAGUCCAGCGUGACCCGACGACUCUUUCCUUGGACCACAUCAAAAAUAUCGCCGCAUUUUCUUUCUGCCACGCUCCACUCGAGACGCUCGAGGAAGCUGCCAUUGCCUGGCCGAACCGACGCAUGUGGGAGAGUGCCACGCCGGCACAUGGCUUUCCCUCAGCAGUCUAUCCAACAGGCCACGAUCUAUCUUCUCAGCAAUGGCCUACAAGACCUGUGAGAGAUCCGCCUCAAAAGCCUUUGUCUUCAACUCCAGCGCCCACGACUCUGCCAGUCUUCCAAAUAGAGGCGAGUCCGUCAGACCCGCUUCAUUCGACGGGAGAUUCCGUUCAGCGUGCCAUAGAAGGGUCCAAUGGUUGCGCUAUCCGUCGGAAUCCGUCACGCACUGGUGUUCUGUCGGCCUCAGUCAGCGCAGCGCAUCCAUCCCUCAUGCUUCAAGAUACCACCAAUCUAAUCGGCCACAACCCAGGGCCAUUAAAUCCUGUUCAUUGGGAUUACCCGGUUGGCGAAGCCCUUUAUGGCGACCUUAACCCAAGCAGUUUCUCCACCCAGAGCCAACAAAUACGUGGUGCAGCACCAUUGAGUUCAUUGGAGGCUUCAGACUCUACAACCGACAAGUUUGUCUCUUCCGUCCACGAUGCGAGGUCGCAGGCUGCCCCGGCCGCGAAGUGGAGCAUGUCAGUGCUUGGUCUGCCAGUCUCUCAUGGCAAUGGUCCUGAACCUCGACGGGAGCUCUACGCUCCAAUCCCCGCAACAGAGGUCAAGUCUCGCAAAGAGUGCCAGCCUCAGCACAACAUCUCGAAGCCAUUGGCAUCAACAUUUUCCAAAUCAACAUCAGACCCGGAGCUGUUGAAAAGGGUGAAAGGUCGGGCGCUCUCGACCCUGAACACGCCUCAGGCCAGGUUCAUGUUGAUUGAUCCUGCCAACACCGCCAGGCGCGCUCCGUCGUUGGGCACGCUGGGCACGCCAUCGAAGAAGCGGUCUUCGGCGGCGAAGAGUAUCCGGCGAUCCGUAUCAUUUGGUCCAGUCGUCAAGGACAUUGAGAUUGAGCGGCCGCAACCUGGCAUAAAGCCGAGUCAGUGUAAACGCGACUUCACGCCUCUUGGUGUUAUAGAAGUUGUCGCCCAAUCUGACCAAGGCCAUUCCAGCCCCAUCCUUUGA